UGUUUCAUGCACCAAACACACUAACAUGGCUUCCAUAACCUUCCUACUGUUACUCCUUCUUGCUCUUAUCAUUCCUCAAGGGUUUGCCAACUAUGAGAAACCUCCGGUUUACAAACCACCAGUUGAAAAACCACCCGUUUAUAAGCCACCGGUAGAGAAGCCUCCUGUCUACAAGCCUCCGGUUGAGAAGCCUCCAGUUUACAAACCACCAGUAGAGAAACCACCCGUUUAUAAGCCACCGGUAGAGAAGCCUCCUGUCUACAAGCCUCCGGUUGAGAAGCCUCCAGUUUACAAACCACCAGUAGAGAAACCCCCCGUUUACAAGCCACCGGUAGAGAAGCCUCCAGUCUACAAGCCUCCCGUUGAAAAGCCUCCAACCUACAAACCACCCGUAGAGAAGCCUCCAGUCUACAAGCCUCCCGUUGAAAAGCCUCCAACCUACAAACCACCCGUAGAGAAGCCUCCAGUCUACAAGCCACCAGUUGAGAAACCUCCGACCUACAAACCACCGGUAGAGAAACCUCCAGCAUACAAGCCACCAGUUGAGAAACCUCCGGUUUAUAAGCCACCGGUUGGAUAUCAGCCACCAGUUUACACGCCUCCAUUCUAGAAGCCACCAAACCAACCAAGUACCCUAUGAUGGUACUUGUGUCUAGAAAAUGCUAUUAAGGAAGUAUGCUAAAUAAGAAAUAUAUAUUCUUGUAAUCUUCAUUUCAAUGCUUUGUUUACAAUGUUAUUGCGAAAACAAGAUUGUGAGUGUAAAACUGAGAAAGAAAAUUCUGCUUUUGUUCUCCAUAUUAUAAAUAAAAGCAUUAUGAUUUAAA